CUUGCAUCAUUUCAAACUGUCAAAGGUUGAUUUAUAUCACUUCAUUCUUGGGAGCAAUUCAUCUCUUUUCAUAGCAAUUUCCGGCAGCGCGUUCCUUACAUUGAUUCCGCCACAAUUCUGCACAUCGUUUGCACCUUUAUUUCCCACUAAUAAAGAAUGUAGAUUGCAGCUGGCUAUCUAUUGCUGUUUAUCAACUGGAGGAGCUCAUGAGAUCAACAUUUGAGAAACGUACGUUUGUGGAAUUGGCAGAAAAUAUAGAACGUUCACUAUAUAUAGUUCAUAAUGAUUAUUUUCUCUGUUUCAACUACCACCAUUGCUUUCUCUCGUCAAGAUGACAAGGUAUAUGAACAAAUUUAAUUCUUGGAUCACAGAGCGUAGGAAUUCGGACGAGUUACGGGUUUCUCUAAUCGAUAAAGAAUCUGUCGAUAUCGAAUCCCGCAGAAAAUCUUCAGCUGUAGAUCGAAUCUCCACUCAUUGUGCUAAUUUCGUUCGAAUUGUCGAAGUUCAAGCCGCACCCUUUAUACAACGCUCCAAAGUUCGCUUAAUCGCUAUAUUCCUCAUACUAUGUCUUCUAUUUCUGUCUUUGUUCGGUAAUCGAACGCAUUCUGUAAAAGUUGAAUCCAGUAGCUCUGUUUGGGAUGAUCUUGGAUACUAUCUUGACUCUGUCGAUCCUGGCGUAGUUGCGCCUCAAAAGAUCAAUGAGGCAAAAUGGCCUGCCCGAUACACUGUUCAAAUGCCAGAUAGCGAUAUAAAAGCACUACAAAAGUCACACAAGGAUUUCGUCAAUCUUUCCUCGGAUUUAACUUUGAAAGGCACAUAUGCUCCUGGCACAACUGGCAUUGUUUCAACAGCUGCUGGCAGAUAUCUGAACGUCUUCUUGGUUUCUUUGCGCUGCCUCCGACGAACUGGUUCAACUUUACCGGUCGAAUUAUUCUUGGAAGCCGAUAACGAAUACGACGAAUACUUUUGCGAAACCUUGUUGCCAAGCCUAAAUGCUCGUUGCAAAGUGAUGAGUCAUUCGAUCGGAACAAAACUGGCAAGAAAGUUGGAAGCAUUCCAGAUCAAAGCUUUUGCAAUCAUGAGUUCAUCAUUUGAAAAUGUUCUCUUUUUGGAUGCAGACAAUCUUUCACUAGAAAAUCCAGAAAAGAUAUUCGAAUCUUCUAUCUAUGAAACGAUGGGCUUGAUCCUUUGGCCAGAUUUUCUUGAAACAUCCGAAUCUCCAAUUUUGGCCGAAAUCCAAAGUCCAUUAGCAGCAAAAUGGACAGGAUCUAGCAACAUUUCUAUGGAAUCUGGCCAAAUCUUCAUUUCAAAAUCUAUACAUGAAAAAACGUUGUUUUUGGCAUGUUAUUAUAACUACUACGGUCCAUCCUACUAUUAUUCUUUAUUCACUCAAGGAGGCAAUGGUGAAGGAGAUAAGGAAACUUUUGCAGCCGCAGCCGCCUAUCUCCGUAAUCCAUACUAUCUCGUUAAAGAGAUGGUACACGGAUUCGGCUUCUUUGAUUCAAAUUCUAAAGAUGUUAUUAAAGAUAUGGAACAUUUCAAGAAUAUUGGUAUGAUACAAUUCGCACCUGAUUGGCAUGGAUCAAGCGAUACACUCAAACCUUUGUUCCUACACUGGAAUUGGCCUAAAUUGGACGCAGGAAGAUUUUUAGACGAAGAACAUCUACUGCAAGAUCAUACAGGCGUAAAUCAUCGUGUAUGGGAAUUUGCAAGAGGACCCGGAGAUGUUUUCAUUCCAUGGGCUGAAAUAAGCUUCAGCGUUGACGCAAAAGGAUGGGGUCGAGAUUCCGAAGCUAUUGCGAUUGAACAAAUGAUCAGAGUCGCAUGCGUUGAUUUACGCAAACGCAGAGGUAUGGAAACCGCAUGUAAGAAACUUCGAGCGCAUUACCGUAAAGUGUAUUCUGGUGAUGCUAAUUAGAGUAUGAUCAAGCU